AUGAAGUUCUCGUGCCUCGCUUCCGCCCUGUUCGCCACUCUGGCAGCGGCUUCCCCGACUCCCACCUCGCUCGAGAAGCGUGCCACGACCUGGUGCGACAGCUUCGGUUCCCUCGCCACCGGAGGAUUGACCAUCUACCACAACAACUGGGGCGCUGCGCAAGCGACUUCUGGUUCGCAAUGUACUACUUUUGAGUCCAUCACUUCGGGUUCUGUUGUGUGGUCUACUUCCUGGACUUGGGCUGGAGGUUCGAGCUCGGUGAAGUCGUACUCCAAUGUGGCCCUGGAGAACGUCAACAAGAAGCUCUCAGCCAUUAGCUCCAUCCCCUCCAAGUGGACUUGGACUCAGACGGGAUCGAACGUCGUUGCUGACGUCGCGUACGAUCUUUGGCUUGCGCCCUCCGUCGGAGCAAACAACCAGUACGAAAUUAUGAUCUGGCUCGCCGCGUACGGCGGCGCGGGACCCAUCUCCAGCACCGGAUCGGCCAUCGCCACGGUGACUAUCGCCGGAUCUUCCUGGAAGUUGUACUCAGGCCCCAACGGUGACACUACUGUUUACUCCUUUGUUGCGAGCAGCACCAUCACCAGCUUCAACGGUGAUCUUAACCUCUUCUUCAAGUACCUCACUUCGAGCCAGGGUGUGAGCACUAGCAUGGUUGCUACUAGCCUGCAGGCUGGUACUGAGCCUUUCACUGGCUCCAACGUUGUCUUCAAGACCUCUGCCUACACCAUCUCUGUGGCAUAA